ACAGCUAGUUAGCCGCGCGUUUUCCUUUAUCACUCUUGACGGGCACGGGAUACGAAUGAACCGUGCGAACAAGAAACGCGUAUUUCCCAGGCCAGUGCCCGGACGGGAGACGUUUUCUUCGUAUCGUUUUGUGACAACGUUUGGCCGCGAUCAUGCCGGUGAGGCUUUUCACGGAAGAGAUGGAGGGUAAAUUCAUGAGCAUUUGGCACAUGGUGCUAAAUGAGGCGAGUGAGGCCGGGCAGGCGCGGACUCGAGAAUACAACUUGCAGCUUGCGUGCACGCAAAUGAAUGAGAUUUGCAAGGAGAAGCGAUGGCCCAAGCUAUCGAUGGACAACUGCAAGCAUAAGCUGGACACUAUGAAGAAAAAGGCGAAGUUGACGUACGAAAAAAUGAGAAUCAGAGAGCAAACAGGAAAACUGGUCAUCGACCCUCAAGACUUGAAGUAUGCGAUCUCAAAGUGGGCAAACUUCGCUAUCUGGAAUGCCUGCUUCCUGGAAGACCCACGGCUUGGCGCUGCGUGUGCAACCGCAAAUGGUGUGCUGUCGUCUGUGGCAUCGCCUCCGCCAUCUCCAUCUCCAGCAUCCCCGCCUCCGCUCUCUGCCUCAUCAUUUGCCCUUGCAUUCGACCCAGCGUGUGCUCUGGCUGCUCUAUCAGACUCAGCCACGUCAUCCUCAGCAGCAGCAUUAUCUGCCAGGGCAUCAGCGAGGCCGUCGGCGUUAUCAACAAGUCCGUCGACUACGUCUGCAUUGCAUUCAGUCUCUGCUUCGGCAGCGCCAGCGGGGUCCACUUCGACCUUGCGUUCGGUGUCCGAGUCGCGGCCGGUCUUGGCACCGCGCUCCGCAUCCGCCCUGGCAACACGUUCCGCUUCCACCGCGGCACUGCGCUCGGCUUCAUCUGCCGCACCGAUUUCUGCUUCUGCAUCCGCACACCUGUCAGCAUCAGCACCGGUAGCGUGUUCUGCAUCAACCCUAUCCAUGUGUUCUACCCCAGCCUCGGCACCCCCGCAGUCAGCUCAAAGUCAGAGUGUCCUUGGACGCAGCAUGACCAGUCAUCUAGCUGAACUAGGACCUGACGUGGACGAUGACCGUGACCAGGUUCAGAGUGUUUAUGAUGAGAACUAUGAUAACGAUGAUGAUGAUGAUGGCGGUGGAGACAGUGCAGCGCAUAUGGCCACCAUGCCGAACCAAAUGACACGGAGAGCAAGAUCUGAGCCAGCAGACAGGCAGUCGGACCAAAGUGCAUACAGCGCUCUGGCCAAUGCUAAUGCUAGUAUUGCGAUACGGCGACUGGAGCUUGAAUCCGAGGAACGACGCGAGCGGGAGCAGCGGAAAUGGAAAGAAAGGAUGGAGCAGCGACGUAUGGAGCACGAUGCCCGGAUGGAAAGGGAAAGAGAGGAGCGGCAAGACAAACGAGUUCGAGAACGAGAAGAUCGUGAGGAGCGACGAUCAAGAGUACGGCGAGAGCAUGAUUCCCUGCUGAGAAAGCAGGAGAAAGAACACAGUGCGCAGCUUGCCCAACGAUUUAGCAGUGAGAGAGAGAAUGGGACUGGUGAUGAUGGUAGCUGUUAGGUAUGUGUGUGUAUGUGUGCACGCGUAUGUGCGCACACGUGUGUGUGUGUGUGUGUGUGUGCGUGCGUGUGUGAGAGUUGGGGUAUGUUUUUUCGUUCCAUGGAUGUUGUCGCUGUUGCUGCUGCUGCUGCUGUUGUUGUUGUUGUUCUCCAUUCUAUGUAGGCAUGAGCACUUUUGCAAAAAUGGAAAUAAUGUGACUUGCCUGGCUUUUAUUCAUACUUGUGUGUAGGAAGCUAGCCUGGAACCUCUCUGUUUUGUGUGCUGGAAGUGUUUUCGUUCUUGUCAGCAUUAUCAUGACGAGACAGUUUUGCCCGGUGUUGGUGCAUUCAGGACUAUUCUCAUAUGGAACAACUUACUUCUUGAAGUAGUUGCCGCACUGAAGUCUUGACUAGCUGUAAAAUGGUGGAUAGUGCUAUCAGUGCCUAGUGUUUGUGAUUGUAAUGGUUCAAUGACUGUGUGCACUGGUACCGCCAUUCCGUCCAUUUCUAAUGUCGUCACCGGUUCCGACUCUAGCUAGCCCGUUUCAUGUGACAGCUAUCGCCGCUUUGCUAGGGCCUGUGCCCAUACCGGUUACCAUGGUUACAUGUGUUGCAUUACCUGUGCUACCGCUUAGCUUAGGAGCUGCAUGUGUUCCUUGAUCACUGGGCAUGGUGGUGUCCCUGCGCAUGCGGAAAUGCAUGUACAGCACAGCCCGGCUCCGGCCGAUUCACUCACGCGAACAAUGAUUUUUGUUAACUACUGGCUAUUUUGACCACAUGUGUAACAUCACGAUAACAGUGUCAUUUUUAUACAUUGUA